AUGGCCUCCACUCAGGAGAAGGGAUGGCUUCAGCUGCACGACCCUGUGAACAAGUAUCUUCCCUACUGGACACAAGACGCCAGUGACCCCCGUUCACAGGCGCGAUUGCUGUCUAUCCAUGUGAAAACCCAAGCCCACUGCACGAGGAACUUUAGCGCCUGCGUCGAGCGCCUUUACCACUCCCUCCCGCUCCACGCAGCCCCUGGCACCGUGUGGGACUACAACGAAUUCCACAACCAGGUGGUUGCGGCUGUCUUGGAGAAGGUAACCGGCACCAACAUUCACACGCUCCUUUCAGAGGACCUGCAGUCAUGGAACAUGACCCACAGCCGCUAUCCGGACCACUUCGGGCCGGGGGGCCCUGACGUGAGCGCCGACUUGGUGACCACGGCUGUGGACUACGAGCAGUUCAUGAUGCAGUACUUCGGCGGGCGACUGCUGAAGAAUGAGACCGUCACCAUGAUGGAGCAGGACCAUAUGCCUGCAAGGUGCUCCUUGGAAUCCUGCCCGCUCGUCAUCCCGCAGGGCCACUAUGGCAUCGGAAACUGGUGGCUGUGCCCUGGCGACCUGGACCCGCUCAUCCACCGGACGAAGCUGGAGCCCAUGCCCCAGCGGUGCGUGGAGGCGCAGGUGCACUCGGACCAAGGGCUCUUUGGCUUCUGGCCCGUGUGGGACCGUCGGCUGGGCUACUGGAUGCUGCUGGCAACGCAGGGGCUGCCCCUCCUUUCCGACUUUAAGGCAGAGAUUCUUCAGACGGUGCUCAAGCCUUUCCUGGACAAGGCAGUGCAGGAGCAGCGUGGCGCCACCCUGCCAGACCUGCCGAUGCCUGACUGGGAGCAUAUUUCAGCCAAGGCAGACACAAAGGUGCUGCCGACCCUUGUAGCGUAG